ACCAGUAGCACCAUCGUGUUCCUCGCGAACUUUUACAUAAGAAUCAACAGUCAAAUCGCAAAUUCCUUACACAUGCAACAUCUCCAUUGUUAAUAAGUAGUCAUGUGUCAGUUAAAUAAAAUCAACUUGUCGAUGUAAAUAUUCCAAGAUCACAUAAUUUCUUUGCAAAUUUCAAAAAGUUCCAUUUCUACUCUCGAUCACCAACUCACCGUUUCCAUAAGACUAUUCAGGUCCUUGAUAAGGCACUAUCGUCUCCCCUUCAGUGAUAUUAGAUCCAGGUAUAUUGACCUGUAUCCAGUGUACCCAUUCACGCAGUGUGUAUGAUUUUAACCUUGCCUUUGUACUCCACGAUGAUAUCGAUAAAUGGUCAUGCAUAUGCCCUCCCUAAUUUUGUUGGCAAUUAUUGAGGGUUCAUUCCUGAUUUUUCCCUCCAUUUGUGAAUUUCCCCCCUCAAUUUAUAACACAAUUUGCCCCAUUCUACAUAGGUAGUACUGUUAAAGAAAUGUUUCGUAACCAACAUUGUUGUUCUAAAAAUGAUCCGAAUACGUUUGUAUACUCAUCACAUGGGAUAUUAUAUAAACCAGCAAGUGUUUGGUCUAAAUGCUGCUUAGUGACACGUCUCAGGCGUUCAUUAAUAUUCGUGGUGUUUUUUUACGAAAUCCAUAAGGACGACAGCUGGUAACGUCAAUUCAAGUUAUGUAUGAUGUUUGUGACCUUAUAAGUUAAGUCCAUAAUAUCGUAAUGAACAUCUUUAAUGCAAAGAUUUGAAAGAGAGCGCGUUAAACUUAUCUGUUAAUUCAAUACAUUUAUUUCGCUUCUCGUGUAAACCUUGAAUAAUAUGAUUCGCUUGGAAAUUGAUGAAAGCCGGGAAAAUCUUUAAUUCCCUGCAUUUAAAUAGGAAAAUUUUCUGACAAGAUUUUAGCACCAACUUUUGCCUAACUUUUCAAAAUCCUUUUAGGAACUUGACAACUCUGCAGCCAUGUAACCGACGUACUUGCUGAUAAUAGAUGGUGAAAUAGAUGGGGAAUGGUGAGUUUUGUGGUGACUGUGUUAUUAAAAAAUGUCUUUCAUGACAAAAUUUUUCUCGCUUUGGAAAGUACAACCAAGUAACAAGUUUUUACAUUUAUAAAAUUUUUUACUGUUUUUAUUUAACUGAGGAAGGCUGAGUUUUCAGCCGAAACGUUUUGGUGAUAUUUAGGUGAAAAUUACCCCCCUAACCCGCCGGUCAAAUUUUUAUUAUCGUUGAUUGACUAAAUAGGCUCCUAUUUCGACUUUGCAUCGUUUUAUUGAAAGGGUGAGGAGAAGCCUCUAAUUGUAAGUCAGACUAUUUUGGAUGUCACAAACGUAUGGAUUCUAAUUUUAUCCAAAAGUGUCUUACUUUGGCAUGCCGGUUAAGUUCAAAGUUUAAAUUUUGUCUAUGUAGCAUUCAAAACGCCUUAAUACGAAGAGGAAAAUUACAAUAACGUAUUUUUGUGCUUGCAGAUUCAAUGGAAUAUGAAGAUUUUUACAUUCUAUUUUGCUAGGUUAUUGGCGGAAGUUACUCGGGAUAACUUAGGUAAAAAAAAAGAAAAAAAAAAGAAGAAUAAGUAGAAAACAGAAUAUUGCACUUAUAGAAAAGUUCGCUAGUUUGCUGCCUUUGAUGUCCCCCAAAAUGCCGCCUUUCAUUUGAAGGGGGGGGGGAGGAUGGAGGGGUGAGCAACAAAAACUAAGGGCUGAGCAAAGGUGAGCAAAUGAUUCUGCGUCGUUUGAGACCAUUUUUAGGUCAAUCGGACAAACAUUACACGUUAAGUUUUUUGUGAGCUUGAAAGUUAGCGUCGUGUUUCUGGAAACGCAAUUAUUUUUCAACUUGAGGAAGAAAAAUGGUCAUGCAAAUACCAAACUAUUUCCAUUUCAAAGUGUGGUUGGGCAUGGGCAUUGCACAACUCUUCCAGCUCUUAACUUUCAUCUACGUCAAGUUCCAGCUCAGAGUGAGGGAAGAUUUUCAAAAAGUGAUUUUAAACACAGGAAACUAAAAGUAAAUAUACCUUAGAUUGCACUUAAGAUUUAACUUUAACUUGAUUCAAUCUAAAUAACUAAAUUAUCUUAACGCAGAUUUUUAGUUUUAGAUAGUCUUACAAAAUACUGUUAUGCAAAUGGGUGAUUACAUCGGUUGACUUCUUUCGAGUCUACGUCUUCCGUAUUUAUUUUGUCCGCCUGCUGCCGACUCCAUUCCGAACGUCAAUCACAACUGUGUUGUCAUUCUCAAACUGGACGCGCCACGCAUAAUUGUUUUCUAGUCUCCCUCAAGGGACGCUGAAGAUGCAUUCAAUUAGGACACUCUCUUCAGGGGAAGUCAUGUUUGUAGCAUCAUUCACAUCAUUAUUAUUCUGACACAAGUUGCAAUGACUACAGGCAGUUUGGAAGCCUUCAGUAUACGGUAUUGCACUGCCUGCUUUGCGUCCCUCUCCCAAACGGGUUUUCUCCUCGCCUUGCUAUCUCUCGGAACCAUCUGUCUUUUGUAUUAUCUGAGCCGACCGCUGAAUUUAAUUUACGACCUGACCGGAGCGAAGGGUGAUAAAUAUUUCAAACUUCCCGCGAAAAAUGAAGCGAUGGCAAUAGAGCACCUUAAGGGUCGAUUGCAAAGGAAGUCGGGGAAAUCUAUUCCAGUUUAUCCGAACGGAUGGUUUGGUAUACUCGAAUCCUCGGAAAUUGGCCGUAACGAGGUUAAAUACGUCAUGGCGUUAGGCAAAAAUGUUGCUGUUUUUCGCAUGUCAGAUGGAACAGCGCAGGUUGUCAGCCCGUGCUGCCCCCAUUUACGAGUAAACAUGGGUUUGGGAGGGACAACAAAGACGUACAUAGAAUGUCCUUCCCAUGGGUGGCAACUCGAUGGUGAUACAAAAAAAUGGAAUAAUAUCCAAGGCGCCAAAAAAGUUCCGGACUUGGCGGAAGUACAGACUUUGAGGUCCGCAGAGGUGAAUCACAUCAUUUUUCUUUGGUAUCACGCGGAGAGAGAGGAGCCUUCCUACGAAAUACAACCAUUAAAAGAAACAACGAGUGAGGGCUACUUGUAUAUUGGUCGUUUUGAAUGUUUAAUAGAUGCGCACAUUGAGGACAUGUUGCAAAAUUCGGCUGACAACGAACAUUUAGGUGUUCUGCAUGCUUCUAAAAUGGGUCUUGUGGGAGCUGACUUGGAUGGCUUCUGCGGAGUAAAUGGCUUUCGCUCCUAGCUAAAGUGACCCCAAAAUCUUCUUGGGAGCCUGACGCAGACAAUCCUCACAUGUCGUGGAGUCGCUUUGAAGUUCUGGUGAAACUUUUUAAAAAGAUUUCCUUUACGUCCAGAAAGCAAUUAAAACAUAUUGGACCAGGCUACAUCGAGGUCACAACAUUACUUGCAAAAGCCAAAGUAUACGGGACUGUCUGUGUCACGCCAAUUGGGCCACUUACAGUUCGGACUACCCUACGAGUAUAUGGGCGACCAUCUCACAUUCUCAUGGGACGAUUCAUAUUGAGAUCAUUCGGCAAUAUCUUUGAACAAGACGCCCCGAUAUGGAGCUAUGGAAAACCAAGAUUGCAACUGAACGUGGUAAAGGAGGAAGAUGCCCUAGUCAACUUCAGGCGAUGGUACAGUCAGUUCUACUCAAAAAACAGCCUCUCAUUGGAUUGUGAACAAAGGAAUAUUUGUGAAUGAUUCAAAUAAUGCCCAGCACAAUAUGCAUUAAAGUAUGUUGAUUCGGUAGGAUUCAAAAUAGAAGUAGGAUGUUUCAUAUGCUCUUUGAAUCGGACUUUCAUAAAUAACGGCAUGUGUUUCGUAUAGUGUGCUCAUUAAUAUAUCACCGUGUGGUUAUUUUUAAUAUUAAUGUCAGAGGGAUGAAGCGCUCACAGGAUUUUGUGAGGGUAGUAACGAUUUCGGUUCCAGAGUCUGGACAAUGACGCCUGGAGGUGCCACAUUCAUUCAACCUCAGAUGGGGGGGGGGGCGUCAAGAGAAAAGUUCUCUAUUCUUUCAUGCCGAGAAUUCAAAGAAGUUGUUCAAAAAACGCCGAUUUUGGCCCCCUUCCCCCCUGGAUUUGGCCCAAACUUUGAUCAGAUGUUGUACUAACUGUUCCGAAUGCUUGGGCGAAAUUUCAGCCCCCUCGGAUAAUUAGGGGGAGGGGGCAGAGGGGCGAAGUUGCAAUUUUUCCAAAACUUUAAAAAUCGGUAUCUCUUGGACGAUUAAGUGUAAGUGUUGCGGUUUGCACUAAAAGACGUUAAAAGAUAUUCCCUACAAUAAUAUAAAUGCUGUUUGGACGGUUGCGUAAUUUAUCAUAGUCAUAAAUCAAUUUUUUCGAUUUUAACGAUUCAACUUUUUUUUGUUUUUCGCCUCUCCUCUCCCGGCGAUCAUUGAUAUGCAAAAAAAAACCUAUUGAGGUGAUUCUCCAUGGAAUUAUGCAUCAGCCACUUUUUAAAAGACCUUGGGGAAACGAUUCGUUCUUGAGUUAUAGCGAUUUUUUUACGCGUUCCCGGUUACACGCACGUGGCAAAUCGGCGGCCUUUGAGCGAGAGAGAGGUUGUUUCACCGCUAGGGCCUUAAAUUCAGGCUGUAUGUAUCAGUAAGUAGGUAUCUAAUGUUCAGUCACAUAGCCCUUGAAGGAACCACAAAAAAUCUGAGAAACUAACGGUCGCCCUAACGUUCCUACUUUUGUUGGAAAAUUGAAAAUUCAAGUUACCUAAUUUGUGCAAUGUGACAACUCGAUGGCUAUUCAACCCCUCCCCCUCCCCUUUCACCCUUUUCCUGUGAGCCUUUCCAAUAGGUACAGAUAUCUUAGAUAGCUCUGCUACAUUCAACUAUCCAUUUCAAAACUGAUGACAAGUCAGUGGGUGCUAUUAAAAUUUCCGCUGAAUGUGUAUGUGCUUUAGCAAA